UGGGGGAUAUUAAUAUCAGUUAAUUGUAUCGGUUUAACAUAAGCUGCGGUUGAAUUGUUUCCAGUUUGAGAUAAAAUUGAAUUUCUUUUGGAUACUGUGGAAUCAAUUGGUAUUAUUAGGCAAAAAUUUUCGUUGACUGACUGACUGAUCUUUAAUACAUACAGAGCCACGCACGGCUCACCAACUAACCAGCAACUGUAAAUAACCUAGAAUGCAGCCUUUAGACAUCAGUCCAACAAUAACAGCAACAACAGCAACAACAACAAUGGGAUUAGACAGUAUGUAUGACUUGUGCGAAACAAACGGAUCAUCAUCACCACACCACCAUCUUCACCAUCCAUAUCAACAUCAUUAUCAUCCUUCUCAACAUCAUCAGCAUCCUUCUCAACAUAACGUUAGUGACAAUAAUUCUGUGCAUCAAAAUUCAUCAAGCCCAGCCACAUCACAGCGCUCACUCACACAAUCAACCACCCACUCAUCUUCCUCACCAGCAACAACCACUGUGACUGCCGCUGCCGCUGCUGCCCUCGCAGCAAAAAAGGAUAGAGUUAAACGGCCAAUGAAUGCUUUCAUGGUUUGGUCAAGGGGACAGCGUCGGAAAAUGGCCCAAGAAAAUCCGAAAAUGCACAAUUCUGAAAUUUCUAAAAGGCUUGGUACCGAGUGGAAGGUAUUAUCUGAAAUUGAUAAGCGGCCCUUUAUCGAUGAAGCCAAAAGGCUACGAGCAGUCCACAUGAAUGAUCAUCCGGAUUACAAAUAUCGACCACGUCGAAAGACCAAAACUUUAAUGAAAAAAGAUAAGCCAUAUUCAAUGGCUAGUGGGUUAAAUUCUUUAACCGCGGGCCCAUCACAAUCUUUGGCGGGACCUGGAGCCGCAGUAUCUCGUGAUCUCUAUCAAAUGAAUGGAUGCAGUUAUCCACCAGUAUCCAUGCAUGAUUACCAACAACAUGCCGCUUACGGUUCACCCCAACCUAAUCUUUAUAGCAGAUUUGAUGUGACUUCAGCUCCAAUGGCCAUGAGCUAUAUGAAUAACUCAAAUUAUUCCCACCUGCCCAUGUCAACUUAUACCUCGAUGGGAAGUUCUUGUGCCCCUGGACCAGAGAUAAAUUAUUUACAUCAGCCUAGCUGAAUUUUCAACUUUUAAUCAAUAUUGUAAUGCUUUUCAUUUGUUCAUUCUGACAAUAAAAUUUGUGAGUAUUUUCACGUGUUCAAAA